GCCGCCCGCUUGUGAGUUAGGGAAGUCUGAGUGGUUGACAUUGAGGGCGAGGCUGGCGGUGAGGCUCUGGAGAGAAGCGGCCGACGACCAUACGGAAAGAUUGCCGCCGUCGCUAUUCGUUGGUGUGUCGCGGAAGGAUGUUGGACCGAGGAGUGGAAAAAGCGAGAAGGGAGGAGGCAGGAGGAGAAUCCGAGGGAGUUGUGAGUAUGAUCGCGAGGGAAGAGCGCGGGCCAAGAGCAGCGACAAACCCACGAUCACGUCGUGCGAGGACGGACAGCGAGCCGAGUCGGAAUAAUAACAAUGGGCAACCGCCAAAUCAAAAGCGAACGCUGCAACAGACUCGAUUGACCGUAGAUGCACGCCGCAGCCGUUGUCUCGUCGAAGAAGGAAGUCGUGGAAAGCGGUCUCGGGUCGUGUGCCAGUGUCGUCGGAUCGUGGUCGUUGCCGUGCUGGCGGUCGUGAUGUUGAUGAUGAUCGUAAGGUACAACGACGGUAGAGGUAGGACCCCCCAAGCUGCGAGUGAGUUUUGAAAACAGUGGUCGAGGGAUCGUUUGGGUGACGUGACGAACAGGAAAUGGGCACGCAGCUACCGCAACCGCAACCGUCGUCCCAGAAGACGGGGAAAUGUGACGGGCGAGAGAGAGGAAGGGAGAUGCACAGGUGAUGCAGGUGAGAGGAAGGGAGCUGGAUAGCAGCGAUACCUCGUCCACCUGCAGCCAGCGAUGGCGAGAGUAUGGACAGUGCUCC